CUUAACUUCAUUUUGCUUAUGUACGAUUGAUAGAUGUGUCGUGCUGUUCCAAGAAAUCUCAUUCACCAUUGUAACUAUAUAUCAAACCCAGGAACCCUUGUCAGUAAGUGUAUUAUUGCGCUUUCAAUUCAACUAAAUGUGUGAAUUGUGUUUAGAUUAAAGUUUUGCAGUUCUGCGUGUAAAAUAAGAAAAAAAAAAGUUUCUUAUUUUUAAGGCAUUGUUAUUUUUGAAAAAAAAUUGGUGUCAAACAUCGUGCUAAAAACAAUGUUCUUUCUUUAAUACUCAAAGUACAUUUGAAGCCGGCUUAUUUCGGGCCUGCUCAUCCAAGGAUUAUUGUAUGGUCAAAGUAGAUGGUUUACUUUAUAGCAGCCAAAACCAAAACAUGAUUACUACGAUGUAGGCUAAAAUGUAUACAAUGACGAUCUGUUUUAUAAAAUUGUUUUGUAUUGAAGUUUAUUGUGUUGUAUAUUUAAAUAUAUAUAUAUAUAUAUAUAUAUAUAUAUAUAUAUAUAUAUAUAUAUAUAUAUAUAUAUAUUUAUAUAAUAUAUAUAUAUAUAUAUAUAUAUAUAUAUAUAACAUCUUUAAUGUGCCGCGAAAACUGAAUUAGAAUAUGGAAUAGAAUUAUAUUAUUGUAUUUACUGACCAACAUGUUAAGAAGCAUGACACCUUUGUCCUUGACCUUGAUGUCGAAGCAAGCAAUAGCUUAGCUCUCCGUCAGUCUAAUCUGAGCACUAAAGCAUGUCAAUAGGACCCUUCGUCAGGGGUCCUGGCAGCCAACUUGACGCUACAUGUCCACAGAACCAGCCCCUAGGAGAACACAUAACACCGUUCCAACAAAUGGGCGUUUAUGAGGAAUCGUGUACUAAAGCCUAUUUAACGUGCAAGGAUUAACAGGAAAUGUUUUAUUUUAAUCUCAAUGCAAUGUAACAUAGCUACCCCCCACCCGAACCCCUACACAUCCCCCACCCCCUGCCCUGCUAGAAUAAUAAGUUCACUUGUAGUUUGACCUUAACGCAUAUGUUUAAAAUUUUUAUUGCCUUAAAUAAAUGUUUUGGCCUAAUGAGUGCACUUUAUUUUGUUCUAGUGACAAAUGAUACAAAAAUACGCUUUUAGGAGCCAGAAUGAUCAAUACAUUGAUAGUGACCCCUUAAGAUAAAGAAGAAGAAAAAAAAAUCUACUAAAUAUAGACCGUCGUAUUUGACCCAUCCCUUACCUUAAAUCUCCCUUAUGUUAAGUAGAUUUUUUUUUUCUAUAAUAAAUUUGAUGUCUUAAAACCAAAUUUUCUUGGUACUUAACGUACUCGAUCCCCGUUGUCAUCGAAGUAUUUUGAUUUGAUUUGAUUGAAUACUUAUAUAGCGCUAGGUAUACAUGCUAUUUUAGCAUGCUCACUGCGCUCUCAGAGAUGGCAUCCGGGCGUCGAAGGGCUUGACGGAAUGAUUCAUUGUUUCGAUGUUUGCCGCCUGUAGGGGACGCCAUCUCAGGGUUUGAAUUUAGAUUUCCUUCUCUUAGAUGAGUUGCCAACCAAUGUUAACGAGUCCCAUCUACCCAGGUGCUGGUGAGGUUGUUUUUUUUUUGCUUGCUUUGGCUGAAAUUGAACUCCCGACUACCAACUUGAGAUUUUCUCAGUUUUAUACCACUCGUCCACUCAGGCGCUUGUGAACCGGAGACUCUGGCUGGAAUUGAGCUCCAGACCACCAACUUGAGAUUUGCUCAGUUUAGACCACUCGGCCACCCAGCACCCAGGAUCCCUUACACUUUGUUUUUAAAAAUUCAUUCGUUAAUUCUAUUGACUUGUUACCCAAUAUAUGAAGCCGCCGUGUGAGAACCUAUACUAAACUAGUCAUUUUUUAAACUGGUUAACAACAAACCAGCAAAAGUGAUCAAGUGCCAGCCUCGAGGCAAAUGUGAUCGUUUGUUCAAAGAUGAAACAAAAUGUGAUGGUGCGAUCAAACAGUGUUGCUUCCGCUGAUGUGGAAUAGUCGUAAUGGUGAGCUUAACUUAUCCUCUUAUAGCGACUCUAAAGUUAAUAUGUCUGACUCUCUUAAUGCUUACCGGGGGGGGGGUUUGACGGGAAAAGAUUAAAAUAAUAACAAUAAUGCUAAUUAAAAGAAGCUAGAAUGGCGCAAAGGAAAAGCAGCACCCAGAUUAAACUCUAAAAAUAGCUACCUAAUUUUUAAUAAAUAAAUAGUCGUUUAAUCGGGAGGCAAUUUUCUUACAACAGGUUUGAGAAAUUUGUUGCUUCCGAUGAUUUGGAAUAGUCGUAAUGGUGAGCUUAAAUUAUCCUCUUAUAGCGACUCUAAAGUUAAAAUGUCUUACUACCUUAAUGCUUACCGGGGGGGGGGGUUUGACGGGAAAAGAUUAAAAUAAUAACAAUAAUGCUAAUUAAAAGAAGCUAGAAUGGCGCAAAGGAAAAGCUGCACCCAGAUUAAACUCUAAAAAUAGCGACCUAAUUUUUAAUAAAUAAAUAGUAGUUUAAUCGGGAGGCAAUUUUCUUACAACAGGUUUGAGAAAAUACACGAAGGGUCCAUUGGUGACACACAAACAUGUUCACUUUAGAUUUUCAAGGAUAUAUUCCUGUUUUUAAACAAUUAGCUUACAGAUGUUCCUACGUCCUACCUGCCGGCCGUGUCAGCAAUAUGCAUGCAGAAUAUCCUACACCCUACCUACCAGCCUUUCAACAAUAUGCUUGCAUAAUAUCCUACACACUACCUUCUGGCCCUUUCAACAAUAUGCUUGCAUAAUAUCCUACACACUACCUUCUGGCCCUUUCAACAAUAUGCUUGCAUAAUAUCCUACACACUACCUUCUGGCCUUUUCAACAAUAUGCUUGCAGAAUAUCCUACACACUACCUGCCGGCCCUUUCAGCAAUAUGCUUUCUGAAUAUCCUACAUACUACCUGCCAGCCUUUAAGCAACUGGUCUACAAAAGUGCCUUAAGCCUAACUGCCGGCCUUUACACAAUUUUACACAAGUUCCUACACCCUACCUGCCAGCCUUUAAACAUUAAGCCUACAGACAGUCCUACAACUUGCCUGCCGGCUUCUUUACAAUAGGCCUACAGAAGCUGGUACACCAUACCUGCCGGCCUUUAAACAAUAGGCAUACAUACGUUCCUACACCCUACCUGCUGGGAUUUAAACAGUAGGCCUACACCCUACCCGUGCUCAUUUUUUUAUAUAAUAAUAGACGCCUCUGAAAAAAAACAACUUAUUACCUAAUUUUUAAUUUAGUUUAAGGUGAGUGAUAACUUUUAGACGACGGCGCAAUAAGUGAGUUUAAGGUGAGUGAUAACUUUUAGACGACGGCGCAAUAAGUGAGUUUAAGGUGAGUGAUAACUUUUUGACGACGGUGCAAUAAGUGAGUUUAAGGUGAGUGAUAACUUUUAGACGACGGCGCAAUAAGUGAGUUUAAGGUGAGUGAUAACUUUUAGACGACGGUGCAAUAAGUGAGUUUAAGGUGAGUGAUAACUUUUAGACGACGGCGCAAUAAGUGAGUUUAAGGUGAGUGAUAACUUUUUGACGACGGUGCAAUAAGUGAGUUUAAGGUGAGUGAUAACUUUUAGACGACGGUGCAAUAAGUGAGUUUAAGGUGAGUGAUAACUUUUAGACGACGGUGCAAUAAGUGAGUUUAAGGUGAGUGAUAACUUUUAGACGACGGUGCAAUAAGUGAGUUUAAGGUGAGUGAUAACUUUUAGACGACGGUGCAAUAAGUGAGUUUAAGGUGAGUGAUAACUUUUAGACGACGGGGCAAUAAGUGAGUUUAAGGUGAGUGAUAACUUUUAGACGACGGAGCAAUAAGUGAGUUUAAGGUGCGUGAUAACUUUUAGACGACGGCGCAAUAAGUGAGUUUAAGGUGAGUGAUAACUUUUAGACGACGGUGCAAUAAGUGAGUUUAAGGUGAGUGAUAACUUUUAGACGACGGUGAAAUAAGUGAGUUUAAGGUGAGUGAUAACUUUUAGACGACUGUGCAAUAAGUGAGUUUAAGGUGAGUGAUAACUUUUAGACAUCGGCGCAAUAAGUGAGUUUAAGGUGAGUGAUAACUUUUAGACGACGUCGCAAUAAGUGAGUUUAAGGUGAGUGAUAACUUUUAGACGACGGCGCAAUAAGUGAGUUUAAGGUGAGUGAUAACUUUUAGACGACGGCGCAAUAAGUGAGUUUAAGUUGAGUGAUAACUUUUAAACGACGGCGCAAUAAGUGAGUUUAAGGUGAGUGAUAACUUUUUGACGACGGUGCAAUAAGUGAGUUUAAAGUGAGUGAUAACUUUUAGACGACGGCCCAAUAAGUGAGUUUUAGGUGAGUGAUAACUUUUAGACGACGAAUGAGGAAGAAUGGGACUGUUCACAAUUUUUAGACUUUACUGAUGAGGGCUUUGAGGUCUAGGAAAGUUAGUAGAUUUUUAUUGAUACCUGUAUCCUAGAUUAACACAAUUUUGACUCUGUGUUUAUAGUUUAAGAGAAACUUAAGAUGCGUUUUUUAAGACAAGUAAACCACAUGCAAGCUCAUCAUAGGAUUGGUUGCUUUCUAAAUUUAAAAGUUAUCCAUCAAAUAGAUUUCUUUGUAUUAAUCAACAGCCCACAAUUUCCAACACCAAGAAACGGCAAGUUGUCAUCACAAAGUGAACACCGCAGCAACACAAAUGGAUUUAUUCAAUCGUUUGUCCGUCAACCUGUGCAUCGGUUUUUGUAUUCUCGCUUACAAAAGAACGGUGCUGGCGUCUACCUUAGACUGCAGAGAAUGUGCGAAAACGCCAACUCACCCAACAUGUGAGAAGGAAUUAUAUAUAAAGUCCGCACCUGGACCGGAGUGCACCUGUGUGUGUACACCGUGUGAUAUAUGUGGAGUCGGACUACAGAUGUACCUCGAUUACGAAAGGCAAGAAUGCGGUGAAUACAGCAAUACUGUUUGUUGCAGUUCUAGUGACAUGAUUGUCAUCGACGGGGCUUGUCACCCCGCUCCAGCUGUGAUCACAGGAAGCACCACUCACCAAUCAUCUGACAAGGGUGUCACGAAUCCUGGAAAUAAUGGAGGCCUAGUUUACGAAACAAAAAUCAUAACCCUCAUUGCUUUAAUGGCAUCAUUUGCUUGUGCCUUCAAUGGAUGAACAAUAAAAGAUGGUGCGUGAAUAUAUAAGUUAUUUAAACUAUAGCUUUGCGUAGUUUCCUUUAAUUUUUCUUUCAACACAGUUGAUAAAGUUUCAUUUGACGAUAUUAAAGUUUAGUAGGCUAAUAUAGUCAAUGGAGAUAGAUUUAAUUUUUUAUUAUUUUUUUUUUUUUAUUCAGCAUGUUUCAAAUAUGUUUAUACACGUGCCAGAUGUUUCGAAAAACAAUAAAAUAUGCUAUUAAGUUUGAAAAAAAAAAUUAAAAUAAAAUAAAUAAACACAAUAACUUCAGGAGACGUCAAAAUACGUUAUAGCUGUCGACGUUAUUAUUCCCUCCAAAAUGUUAUACACCAAUUGUAAAGACAAAUGUUAUACACCAAUUGUAAACACAAAUGUUAUACACAGAUAACUUUACUUUGAGGUAAUUUUUUGUAUUAUGCUGAACAAUUUUCGUUUAUACCGCACUUUGCUGUGUAGAUAUGCUCUUGAAUUCGAGACAACCUACCAGUAGCAAAGUUUAUAUAUGUUUACAUUUUUAAUUCACUGUUUUGAUUGUCUUUUUCUCGGAAGCCGGUUUUUUGGCCGAUACGUCCAGUUUUUUUCCUGAUACUUUACUUAACUGGGCACUGGGCACUGGGCACAUUAUGUUUGCUAGACAGAAAUAAAACCUUUAAGGUUGAAUUCUCAUGAUGGCUAAGACAAAAUGAUGGCACAUACCUUUGUAAAUUGAUAUUUAAAGUUACCAGUUUAAAAUGUACAGCUAGUAUUUCACGUAUUCAUGUAGUUUGCUAAUUUUUUCUUCUUCACUUUUGUAUGAACCCUUAAGAUAGAUUUAUUUUUCUGAUAAUUCCAAAGAUAUAUUUUUUUGUUUAGUAUCCCUAAGAAUGAUUUAUUUUUGAGCUAAUCUCUAAGUUAGAUUUUUUUUUAUACUACCCGUAACACAGAUUUAUUUUUGUGAUAAUCGCUCAGACUGAUUUACAUUUGUGUGAAUAGAUAAGAUAGAUUUUUUUUUUGAGAAUCCCUAAGAUGUAUUAAUUUUUUUUAUGUUUCCUAAGAUAGAUUUAUUUGUGUCAAAUUCCAUAAGAUAUAUUUAUUACUUUGACAAUAAUUUAGAAGGAUUCACUGCAAUGAUUUCAUUUACGCAAAGUCAUUUUUCCCCCCCUUCAUAUACUUUUGAAUAAAAUUUACUUGGUAACCACAUAACAUUACACUGUCUUCACUGACUAAACAUGACUGCUUUAAAAUGAUAUGAUAAUUUAAUACAUGACGUUGCAUACGCUGGU